GAGAAUAUUGUGUAAAAGUCGUAGGCGUGGCUCCUUGAACGACAGCCGAGGAAGGAUGAGUGCUGCUCAAGUAACUAUUCCAGCUAAUUUCGAGGCUCACCUAGCACUAGGGGACGGGAGUGCAGGAGCUGACGUCAGCGAGGUUCUGGGGCUUUCUUCGAGUCAAGUGGCAAACCUCUACUCCUGUGGUACCGACCAGUUCACUUACAGCUUCCAGGAGCACGGUGUCGCCUAUGGAGAGGCGGAAGCCACCGGCAGGAAGGCAGAAGUGACGUUCUCUCUCCCUCCGGGGUCUUCCCCGGCCUUCUCCCUGCACGUUAGCAGUCAGCCAGUGGAGAAAUGGGGCAUCAACUUCGCGGGCAGUGUCCUAGUUCGUCACAAGACGGGGGAGGAGCGGGUGGUCUAUCUCCCUGGGACCCGUACCUACGACCCAGCAGGCAUUACAGGUGAUCCUCAUGCCAGUGAGAGGAUUGGUCCUAGCUGUUCUAGGACCCAGCUAGCAGUGUCAAUGAGUCAGCUAGUAGCUGCUGCUAGAGGUGCUCUCUCUGCAGACAUCUCUCUCAUACAGGAGAAGACUCGUCCACUCAUUCAGCGCUACCACGGCAGAGAAGCCUUGUUUGACUGGAUUGUUCGGCAGAUCUGUGACGCUGUGUUCCACAACAAGGAAGUCACUCCAUAUCCUGACUUCCUUCAACAGAGAGUUGCAGAGGGAAAGUUGGAGUUGGGUCCAGGUAGGGAGCAUACCAAGGUGUACUUGGAGAGCUACGCUGCUGGCAAGCCACGCCCCCCUGUCCAAUACUAUCGCAAGGUGGCAGCUAAAGACAAGCCAAGUCAACUGCUGAGCGGGGAGGAGUUAGCACGCUUCAACAAACUCGUCUGAUAAAAUGACAUUAUAGGCCC